AUGCCUAAGAGCAAAGCCCCCACUCACACUGAACACAAUGUCUAUCUCACAACCUCAGUCACCUUCGACAACAAAGCCGAUGAUUUUGGCAGACUUCAGGUCUACCAAGCCUUUACAUCACUCGACGAGGCCAACGAGUUCUGUGUCGCCAAGGCUGAUGAGCUUGCUCUGGCUCUUGACAUUGAGGCCCCCGAACCGAAGCUGAGCCAUUACACCAACGACGGCGCCUUCAGGAUGGAGCUUCCCUUGAAGAAGCGUAACAGAGAUGUCGUGGUCGAAACCCUCAUCAUGCCUCUCAUGGGCGGCAUCAUUAUGCAUGACAAGCCCGUCUCGCGCAAGACACCCAAGUCGACAAAAGCAUCCAGAUCAAACUCUACAAAGUCAAAAGCCAAGAAGUCACAAGUACCCGGUGAAGAGGACGAGGAUAAUGACCACGACGUCGACAUGGAUAGCGACCCUGUCUCCCCCAAGACUACCAAAACCACAACUCGCAAGAACUCCAAGGCUUCAAGUACCGCCAUAGCCGCAGAGCAACGUGACUCUGUUGUCGACCCCAACAUUGUCACUGAGGACGACAUCGCCGCAGCCCCCAGUGGUAAAUCUGGUUGUCUCAACUAUGGAUCGUACACUAUCAUCGGACAUCACAAGUAUUGGAGCGAAGCACAGUUCAAGGUCAUCGUCAAAACGUUCGGAGGCAAAGUCAACAAGACGUUGCCCGUGUACAACAACGAUCCGACCCAUACUCUUGUGCUUGGCUCUGACGCUCCCUCGAGACUCCUGGGCAGGAUCGCACAAAAGGAGUUUAAACCCGUCACUCCUGAUUCUGUCAUUGCUCAGAUUGGCUACAUGUCGGGUCCCGAUGCUGUUGGCCGAAUCACCAGCGAGGAAGUCGCCAAACUCUGCAAGAAGGUCCCAGGAAAACCCGUCGCCAGAACGAGAACCGUUAAGAAGGAGGAGUCUGAUAGCGACGUGGAUGUCAAAGACGCCAAUGGCUCGGAUUUCGAUGAGAAUUGA